AAAGACGAAAAACAGGCGAGCCACUCGUACUGCCUUUAAAUGAGAUACCUCAGUAACAUCUGAGUUUCGGAAAUCUAUGCUGCCACUCCAAGAAACAUCCACUUUAACAAUUUUUUCUUCUUCGAUAUGUAUGGCAAUGUCCAUAGAUUUUGCAAAGGAUACAUUGAGACAUGUUAAAAUCCAUUAAUGAUUACAAUUUAAGGAUUUUCGCCCGCUGUCCACCGAUUUUGUAUGAAUUGUCCGCUGUUGUGUCAGUCGUGUAGGAGCUGUUUAGCACGUCUUAAAUAAUUGUUCCUUAAAUCCUUUUCUAAAAGGAACUGAUGAGAGCGCUCAACACACUGGACUCUCGUUUAAGUGACAGAUUUGUGCCCGUGGAUCUCUCACUUGUAGACCGAUUCAGGCACUCCCGUUAUAAUAACAGAUUUUAACUGGAGAGCAAUGGAUUCGACUAUGUGGAGUUAUAUUGUUGGACUUUUCGUUGUUGCCUGUCGACUAAAACUGGCCCGGUCUACAAUUCUAGAAUCAAUAUACUGGAAUACUUCGAAUACUAAGUUUGUUCCAGGAAAGGGUUUGGUACUAUACCCCCAGAUUGGGGACAAAAUGGACAUUGUGUGCCCACGAAUCAAGGCAGGCUCCACUGAACAGACAAACAUUGAAUACUUCCGGGUCUAUCUUGUUACCAAAGAGCAACUGGAGACCUGUCAUGUUGCUAAGGGCGACAUGGCUCUGCUCAACUGUGGCAAGCCGGACCAGGAUGUGAAAUUUACCUUUAAGUUUCAAGAGUUCAGUCCCAACCUGUGGGGCCUGGAGUUCCUCAAAGGAAAGGACUAUCACAUCAUCUCCACAUCAAACAGUACACUUGAAGGUUUGGACAACCACGAUGGCGGUGUUUGUAAGACAAAAUCCAUGAAGCUGAUCCUGAGAGUUGGACAGAGUCCAACAGAUUCUUUCUCAGCGAAAAAACAACCAACAAGUAAUCCUCCAAAAUACCUUGACAAGGAGGACCAAAGCACCUUCAACAAAGAAAAUGAUGUUGUCAGUAAAGUUGACUCUAUACAGAAUGGCGAGGCCAGCGGGAAGAGUGGAGAGUCUGUAGGAUCCGCUGGCUCUGAAGUGGCCCUAUUUGCUGGUGUUGCAUCUGGUGCUGUCAUCUUCAUCCUCAUCAUCAUUGCACUGGUAGCACUUCUACAUCGCUGCCAUCAAAAACACUCUGCACAAUGCUCUGCCCAGUUGCCAUUAAACACGCUGCCCAAGCGUGGAAGUGACACCAGUGGUGGCAGCAACAAUAACGGCUCUGAGCCCAGUGACAUUAUCUUUCCAUUGCGGACAUCAGGUAGCAUGUUCUGCCCUCACUAUGAGAAAGUUAGUGGUGACUACGGACACCCGGUCUACAUUGUCCAGGAAAUGCCACCACAGAAUCCUGCAAACAUUUACUACAAAGUUUGACAGCAAGCAACAAGGACACUACAGCAGCUAAGUUUCAAAUGAUGGACAUCUGUAUUUUGAUGCCGUUGAGAUUGAUCUAUUAUGGUUGGUUUAGCCCGAUUAGUUGGAUGCAACCUGGGGUUGUAGUCUAGUUCAGAAGAAUCACUUCAGGAUUCUAGUGCACAUUGGAAUUUGUUGAUCUGUUGAUACCUUAACAAGGAUACGAGUAAGCGGAAUGACUUCCAAAGCAGAGAACAAUCUCACAAAUGAACAAGUCAGCAGAGUACUGCAAAAACAUACUGAAGAAACCUCAGAUAAAGGGAAAAACCCCAUAUAUAUACAGUGUUCAUGUGAAGAGAGCUACGCAUCUCGAAGUAAUCUACCAGCCAUCAUAUCUCGAAGAAGGCCUUCAUCUGUCCGAUUAUGUUUCGAACAUAGAAGUCCAUUUUAACUUAUUGUUUUUGCUUAUUUUCACAUUUCUCAACUCACAGAUCUUAGGUGAAAAUGGACUCAAUGAGUUUUAGUCAAUCCACUGACAGUCUGGCUUAUAAAGACUGUCUGCAUCCCAGAGCUGGCCUGAUGGAGGCAUAUGACAAUAUAUUGACUUUUAUAGCCCUUAUGCAGUUUAAACCAAGUGUCAGUGUGCAAGAAUGUGCCGGUGUGGUCCUCAAAACGCAUGUGGUUCUUUCUUGUUUGCUUAUGACUUUUUAAAACAUUUAUGCAAAGCACAAACAAACAAGACUGGAAAUCAACAUGCAGAAAGCCCCUUUGUUGACCUGUUAAUGUAAAUACAAUACCCAGGCAUUUAAAUUAUGCUUUAAGUUAUGUUUUAUAUAAAUUUGAACACCUGCUUGCCCAUUUCCCUACAAUAUGUUUGAUCAGGACUGUUUAAACAUGAUAAAAAUGCAAGGAAACUACUUCACCAAAUCUGGAGCCAUAUGUUGCUGUUACACAUGGAUAUAUUGAUGAUGAACGUGUUCAUUUUUUUUUUUUUUCUAAUCUUGCAGUUAUUAGAUUUGUUUGUUGAUUCUAGCCAAUAGUGUGUUUAGGAAAAUUCACAUUCCAGAAGACUGACCAUGUUGAAUUAAUUGAUUCACCAUAGUCGCUUGUGCUGCUCUCUUAAGAUAUUUGUUUUGUAUGAAUGAAUGUAUGGAUGGAUGGAUGGAUAGAUGGAUGAAAAGUACAAAAACUUUGUUUUCUGUUGAUUAAAUAAACUAAG